AUGUCGGUGGAAUUCUUCAAUUCCUUUUCAAUUCGUUUACCUGCAGCGUUCACGGUUGAGAUUACCCAGGCCGACAUACCUGGGCUUGAGGGGAGCCAGUUACAAGUCACCGUCAGACUGGAGGGACAGACAUUUGGUGAAGUGGAUGUGGAACUUCAGCUCCUGACACUCUCUGAGUUUCAGUCCAGACCAGAGGCACCACAAGGGUACACACUCUCCAAAGACCUGGCAGAAUCUAAUGACUUUAGCUACGAUGGAGAUCUCCAGCACACUUUCCUUGCUGUGUCGGCAGUACGACAGGUCGUAGACUUUGACAUUGACAUAGUUGACGAUUCCAUCAAUGAAAAGGAAGAGCAGUUCAUUGCCCUGGUUGGAGUCAAUAGAGUAGCAAACGCAGAGGAGGAUUUCUAUUAUCCUGAGGACAGUGAAAGACUCUUUGCAACAGUGACAAUAGGGAUUGAUCCCGAUAAUCCAGACAAGACCAGCCUGAUGAUCACCGCACCAUCAGCAACAGUAUCAGAGGGUACUACUGGUUGGUACCUCUCCCUAAAGAUAAUAGCAUACCCUCCAGAGUAUGACAUUGAAGUCCGUGUGGAUGCUGGAGGGACCUCCACUAACCCUGCCAUGGCAGGAGUUGACUACAAUCUCCCAGAGACCUCGGUGACCCUAACACCAGGUACACUGGAGUAUAGUGUGAGUGUGGAGAUUGUGAAUGACGGAGUUCCUGAGCCGAUAAGUGAAAGCCUUCUGGUGACGUUCAGUGUGGUGGAGGAGACAGUAGUUUUCAAUCCAAAUGCCUUUGUCACCAUUGCCAUUGAGGAUAAUGACAGACUCAGUAUGGGGUUCUCGUCAAGUCAGCUGGAGAUCAGAGAGGGAGAAUCAGCCGUAGCAAGAUUCUUCAUCAUGUCUCCUCCCACAAUUGACGUGUCUCUCGGUGGGUCAUUGGCCCAUGCCGGUGGGCAGAGAACUACCGCUGAUGGUACUGAGAUCCCUAGUCCGCAGUCAUUCUCUCUGUCUCAAACAAACAGAGGGUACGAGUUCACCAUCACCAUCCCUCCGAAUGACAUUAUUACCGCCAAAGAACGAGAGUUUACUCUCACAGUCCAAGAUAUCGAGUCCACGAGUAACCUCUACGACGUGUCCCCCAUGUAUCUCAGAGUCACCAUUAAAGACAACGACACGAAUAUCGAUAUUGGAAUCAGAGAUGUGAGUCCAGACCAACGACGGCGGGUCAGGGAAGGAGAGAGCUUUACAUUCACUGUUGGUUUUCUUGACGACCGCGUUGAACUCGAUGAUGACUUUGUUCUGGGUUACUCUCUCAAACUCUCCAGCAACAAUGGCGCAGAUGUGGCGACAAAUUUCGUGACUACUGAGGUAUCCGAUGGAGUUCUGACAAAUGCCAUGCGCAGCAGAGACAUACUGAUUGAAACAAAGUCCAAUGAGGAGGUUGAGGAGGAGAGCAGAGAGUUUCUCAUUAACAUGGAACUCAUAACCGACUUCCACCCUCCGUCACUGGUGAAGUUUCGAGCAGGAUCGGAAUUCAUGGAAGUCACUAUUGAAGACGAUGACAUCAGAAGAACCACUGAGUUCAACACAUCAACAACUGUGGAUUCCAAAAUCACCUUCCUAACUGUGCCCUACAAGCAGAAUGGAGAGGACUACUCAAACGCAAAUAUAACGGUCGUCGUAUGUGCCGUUAACAGUGUCGGUGAGACUUGCUCGGAGGAAGUGUACCACAAGGGGAUCGAGAGGGGAGGCACCAGUCGAGAGGGGGGAAGAGGGGUAUCUGGUGGCGGUGUUGCAGCUAUCGUUAUAGUCCUUCUCCUCCUCCUAUGUAUUGGAAUCUUUCUCCUUCUCCUCCUCUUCUUCCUCUGCCGUCUCUACUGUUGGAAGUCCUACUAUCCCCCCAUUAGAGCUCUGAGGGUGUCGUUCACGGAAUCCGACUCUUCCGUGAGCGAGAGCGACGGGAGUGCGACUGUGAAGGUCACGAAGUCUGGACUCAGUCGCGGGGAUGUUCUGUGCACGCUGAUACCACUGUCGCUGGACGAGGCGAGAGUCCAGUUUGGCUACGACCGGACCGGCAGCUCCGACGACCCUGCAGAGAUAGCUGAUCUGUGGUAUAUGAUUGACCAGUAUUAUCACGUGCCGCAUCUGCAGACAUGGACUUCAGUCCAGCUCUGGUGGAGCACAUCUUUGAACCUGGGCGAAACUACAAUAGACGAAACUCUCGGUAUCAAAGUGGUGGACGAUGCAGUCUAUGAGCUAGAAGAACUGCUGGUGGUGAGACUCAACGUGAGUGUGAGCGACCCUCAGGACGAGGCAGAGCUGGAGAUUGGGACACAGUACCUGGAGCUGAGAAUCUUAGCUGACUCCAGAGAUGAACCCAUACUGAGGGAAGAGAGCAAGGCACUGGCAGAGGGCGAUGGACUGGUGGAAGAUUUCUUUGUUGUCACGAAGGUGACAGAGUCUGAGCUGCCAAUUUCGUUUGCCAUUAAAGUCCUGGGGGAAACUGCACAGAUAGGAGUUGACUAUGAACUGGAACUCAGAGAGUACACGAUUUACCCGAACCAAUCCAACGUAACAAUUCCCCUGACUGUGUUGGACGAUGACAUCGCUGAGGAAACAGAGUCCUUCACCCUUAUUCUUCUGCUGCCACAGACAAGAGCUACUCUCAUUAACAUUAGAGACAAUGACAUUGUGAUAGUGAAAGUUGGAAACAGCUCAGAGAUUGACAUAGAGGAAGGAGAGAGCGCCACACUAUGUGCCGAAAUAGUGUCUCCAGCGGAAGUUGACAGAGAGGCAAACACUCUGGGGGCACUGAUGGGUGGAUCAGCUACAGCAGGGACUGACUUUGUGGCCGGAUUUCUUGCGUACGAGCUCAACGGAGACAGCCGCAGAGUCUGUCAAGUGGUGCAGACCGUAGAAGAUGAGAUUCCAGAACCAAAUGAAUUCUUCUCUACCUCGCUUUUCCACUUUGACAAUGACCCUCUGGUGAGGGUGGAACCUAGUACUAUUACCUUCAAUGUGACUGAUGAUGACGUUCCAGAGUUGGAGGUGACACUGCCUGGUAAUGACCAGACUGCUCUGAGUGUGGUAGAAGGGGAAAACCUCACAAUCAAUGUCUCUGUCCCCGCACCAAACCUCAUUGAUGUCCAGAUAUCAGUCACAGUCUCUCCUGACACUGCUGAGAAAGAUGCAGACUUUGUGAUAAGUGUGGGGAUCUUCACUCUGAGUCCCGGGACUUCGUUUCUGGAGCUGCCACUCUCCAUACCUGAUGACUUGUUUGUGGAGAACGAUGAGCACUGGACUCUGAUCAUCUCUCACUCCACUACCCCACCUCACGUCGUUCCCGUUACCAUCAUUGACAAUGACCCUGUGACUGUGGGGUUUGUCAACGACAGUAGGGUGACAGUGGGAGAGGUGAGGAGGUGAAGGUGUGUGGAAAGAUGGCUGAUGCUACUCCAAGCCUCCUCCAGAGAGAUAUAACUCUCGAGGGAACCACUGUCUCUGGAACUGCCAUAGAGAAUUCUGAUUUCAUUCCUCUCACGUGGAACUUCACCUUUUCCUCCUCCUCCCCCGCCCUACUCUGCAUUAUUGUGACUACCAUCGAUGACUCUAUUGGCGAAAUCCCCGAGGAGUUUUCACUUGUUGUAACGCUGGCCACUGAGCCUGAGCCACUCAUUUCAGUGGACCCUUCAACCAUUAGAAUCCUCAUCACCAAUGAUGACAUCCCAGAGUUGGAGGUAGAGUUGGCUGGAGGGCCAGCGCUUCCCAAUGGCAGUGGAGAUUUAAGAGCAGUUGUGAAGGAAGGGGACGGUGUGUUGGACAAGCUCAUUAGGAUCUAUUCCCCCGGGGUCCACGUCAUUGACCUGGUGUACCAUGUUUCCAUCACACCCUCCAGUGCCGAGGAUAUCACAGUGACUGUGGGAACAUUCUCUAUUCCUCCGUCAAUGAAUGAAAUGUUCCUGCCAGUGAGCAUACUGGACGACAGUGUGGCAGAGGACGAGGAGGAGGUGUCUAUUCUGAUCAGAUUUAACCCCGGGACCCCUCCGCAGACUGUCACUCUCAUCAUUCAAGACAACGACGGUAGGCAGGGGUA